AUGAAUUUUAAGUACAUAGUUGCAGUGUCUUUUUUAAUAGCAUCUACAUAUGCACGAAGUGUAAAGAAUGAUGAACAGUCUCUGAGUCAGAGGGAUGUUUUAGAAGAAGAAUCACUGAGGGAAAUCAGAGGUAUAGGAGCAUCCAUCCUAAGUGCUGGUAAAUCAGCUUUAAAAGGCUUGGCUAAAGGAUUGGCUGAGCAUUUUGGGAAGAGAACAGCUGAAGAUCAUGAAAUGAUGAAAAGACUGGAAGCCGCAGUGCGUGAUCUAGAUUCCUUGGAUCAUCCAGAGGAAGCUUCUGAAAGGGAAACCAGAGGCUUCAAUCAAGAGGAGAUUGCAAAUCUUUAUACUGAAAAAGAGAAACGCAUUAUAGGGCCAAUAUUAGGUUUGGUUGGUAGUGCACUUGGAAGUUUACUUGGAUAAUUAUAACCAGUAAAACUUUGCUUUCAUUAAUGUUUGUAAAAUUAAGCUAAUCAGAUAACAUAAUAAAGCAUAAAUAAAACUCACAAAAAGCUAUUUAAACAAACUGCAUGUUCUAUACUUUGCUAUUAAAUAAAAAUCAUAUGAGCAAAA